AUGUCUCUUUGUGGUCUUGUCACUCGGACACUCCUCUCUGCUGUGGCAGUGAUCAUACUCUAUUAUCAAAUCAAUUCAAUGAGAAAUGUGGUUCAGGUGAAGGAUCUAUUCAAAAAUCCAACCUCGGAAAAUACUCACAAUUACCAACAAUUUCCAAGAAAAUUAAUUCCAAGUAAUGGCAUUACGAUGGAUGUGGUUGUGUUGGAAAAGCCAACAACUACCAAUACUAAAAAUCCACUUGUUCUAUUCUUACAUGGAUUUCCACAAACAGCCACAACUGCAUGGUAUUUCCAACUUUUACAUUUCAUGAAAAAUGAUUAUCAAUUUGGAAGCAAAUCCUAUACAGUCAUGGCUCCUGAUCUUCGUGGAUAUAAUCGUACAGAAAAACCAGAUGUUAAUAAUUUGGCAAAUUACGAUAUUGGUGAAUUGGUUCAUGACAUCAAGGGUCUCAUUGAUGGUUAUUAUGGCAAUGAUGAAGCUAAACCCAAUAAUAGAAAGGCCAUUGUGGUAGCUCAUGAUUGGGGUGCAAUCAUUGCAUGGUCUCUUGCCUCCACUUAUCCACAAGUUCUUGAAAAAUUAAUUAUUCUCAAUGUGCCACAUCCAAAUACUCUUUCAGGACCAAUCACGACACUUCCUGUCAGUCGCAUUUUCGCACAGAUGAGAAAGAGUUGGUACAUUUUCUUCAUGCAAUUGGGAUUCUCCAUUCCAGAAGAGUACUUUUCACGUGAAGGAUUCAGGAAAUUAUCCUUUGCUUUUGCUGAUUUAGCAAAACAGAAUAUUCUCUCAAUUGAAGAUUAUCAUUACAUUGUCAAUGCUUGGUCUCAACCAAAUUGCAUGCAAGCCAUGAUUGCAUAUUAUAGAGCUUUGCUUACAGGAAAGGUUUCCAAUUAUGUGAAAAUGAAAUUGUUAGGAAUGAAAGAUCAAAGACGUUAUCCAAUGGUGGGCAAUACUCUUGAUGGACCUAUUGAAAAUCAAACAGUGAAAGUACCAACAUUGAUUUUGUGGGGAAAGGAUGAUAUAGCACUCAUUGAGGAAACUGCUGAUUUAUCGUUCAAGUACUAUGUCGAUGAAAGUGUCAAGUCAAAAUCAAAGUUACUCAAGUUGGAUGCAGGUCACUUUGUCAUGUUGCAGAUUCCAAAGCAAAUUAAUGAGGAAAUUGAAAAAUUUAUAGUUGAUUAA